AUGUUACCUACCACAGUCAAUCAAGUCCGAGGUGAGGAGCAAAUCAGAUCAUUCAACGACCUCACUCAGCAUCUUCGCAAGCAAUCCAACUAUCCAAUUGCUCACGGAGGUUUCGGAGAUAUUUGGAAAUGCAGCUUAGUUUUGUCUACACGAUCCACUGAAGAGAAUGUGGCAGUUAAAGCCAUCAGAUCUUACUUCUUUGAUGAGAAUGAUCGAAUCAAGAAGGAUAAGAGGUUGCGUCGAGAAUUGAUCAUAUGGCGAAAACUUAUCCAUGCCAACAUCCUCCCAUUAUAUGGCGUCGCCAUCGGAUUCGGUCCGUUUACUGCCAUGGUGUCUCCAUGGGCAAAAAAUGGAUCCUUGACUUCGUAUCUUGAGUCCCAUCGAGACCUUCUGAUACCCGAUCGAUUCAAACUCCUGUCCGAUAUCGCAAGUGGUCUAUGUUAUCUUCAUUCAAAUCAAGUUGUACAUGGAGACCUCAGUGGGUCCAAUAUUCUGGUGAUGGAGAAUGGCACCGCUUGUCUUUCGGAUUUUGGGCUCUCCGGUGUUGUAUCCGAAUUCUUUGGUUCAUCAACUUUCUCUUCUACCAUCUCUGGCAAUAUUCGGUGGGGAGCCCCAGAGCUGUUCGCUCUACCUGAAAACCAAGACGGCUCAACCAAUCGCCCUACUAAAGAAGCUGAUAUUUACUCAUUUGGCAGCAUCAUGUUGCAGGUUCUCUCUGGGAAGGUCCCCUACUAUUACAUCAAACAGCAGAUGCAGAUUAUUAUGAUGGUAGUGGAUGGCAAAAAACCCAGACGCCCGGAGGAGCCGAAGAUCGCGGAAGAACAUUGGAGCAUGAUCGAGCGCUGCUGGAGUCCCUGCAAUGUUCGACCGACUAUCGAAGAUCUUCUGAGAUUCGUCACGGCACAACUAAAAUACUCGUGA